AUGCACUGGCUAUCGAAACUCCUGGCCCUGGCGGCCACGAGUGCAGUGGGGACGAAUGCAUUUGAGUCCUCAAUCUUCACAUUCCAUGCGGACCAGCAGGCUUCCGCCGAUUCUACCGGAUCACAGACCGUCUCGGAAGAUGUUGCUCGACUUAUCCUAGAGCUCCGCAUGAGAUCGCCUUUACAUUCAAAGCUGGGAAGCAUGGAACCCGAUGUUGUGAACAAUCUUGAUCAGUAUGCGGAUUCUCAGUUCUCUCUUUUUGGAGGCUCAGAGGCCCAGGACACCCAAGGCCGGAGCAUCAUUUUCCUAGAGGGACUUGAUGAGGAAGUUGUUUCGACUCUACGCAAGAGUCAAGAUCAUAGCAUUUUUGUCCCCCAUGCUUCGCCAGCUCUGGUUAAUGAUGCCCUGGAGCCUCUGAUGAACAAGGCCAAUGGAAAGCAUUGCACAUAUAGCCAGCACGACGGCACAUCUCAGAACUCUCGGUCCAUUCGAGAGUGCCUCGCCUACAACCCCGUUCUCUCCCAUGGGAGCGGCUUAUCUGACCAUGACAUCCUCGGGCAGGUGGAUUCAAUGGAGACAUUCGUCAGCAAGAACACAAAAUUGACUAGUUCAAGACUGGUAUUCGAGAUAAAGUCAGUCAAAGCUGCCCAAAUCGCCAAGUCUCUCGAAGCUACCUUUGCCGAUCUGGCCAAGACAGCCCUAUCAUCCAACAUCGAGGUCACAGUUGUUGCCCUCCCAACAAUUGACCACACCCAGGAAUCCGCGCCCGUCCAACGGCGCUCCGUGGAGGCACGAUCUCAAUCACCCGCUUUUGUAUCUGAAAGGUCCUCCGCGGAAUUCGUGCACUCAAACCUCGCACCCGUAUGCCACGCCUCGAACUCUUCCUGCGAAGACGCAACAAACAACUGCUCCGGCCACGGAUCCUGCUAUCUGAAAUUCGGACCCGGUAACGAGGACGCCAAGGGUAACUGCUACGCCUGCAAAUGCCGACAAACGACGGUGAAAAAUAGCGACGGAUCUGUCAAGAAGAUCCAGUGGGGUGGCGUAGCUUGUCAGAAGGAGGAUAUCAGUUCUCCAUUCUUUCUGAUUGCCAGCGUUACCAUCUUGGUUAUUGUUCUGGCUGGUAGCGCUAUCGGAAUGCUUUUCAGCAUGGGCAGCGAGCCACUUCCCAGUGUUAUUGGUGCUGGAGUGGGCACUACAAAAACACAGUCGUGA